UGCUGCUGUCUCACGGCGUUUGGAGAUCUUUCACGCGCGCUGUAUGGAUGCUGAAUCUCUGGCGCUGCUGUAAACGUGACACGGAAUCAACAUGUCUAAUCCUCCGCACGACCCGUUCUACUCGUCCCCUUUCGGACCCUUCUACCGGAGACAUUCACCGUACAUGGUGCAACCAGAGUACAGAAUCUAUGAGAUGAACAAACGACUCCAGUCCCGGACAGAGGAGAGUGAUAGUCUGUGGUGGGAUGCAUUUGCUACAGAGUUCUUUGAAGAGGACGCUACAUUGACACUCUCCUUCUGCCUGGAAGAUGGACCAAAAAGAUACACAAUCGGACGGACCCUCAUCCCUCGAUACUUCAGCACGGUAUUUGAGGGAGGUGUGUCAGACCUCUACUACAUCCUGAAACACUCCAAAGAAUCCUUCCACAACUCCUGCAUCACUGUGGACUGUGAUCAGUGCACCAUGGUCACACAGCACGGCAAGCCUAUGUUCACCAAGGUGUGUACAGAGGGCAGAUUGAUUCUGGAGUUUGCCUUUGAUGACCUGAUGAGGAUCAAGACGUGGCACUUCAACAUCAGACAGUAUCGAGAACUGAUCCCACGAAGCAUUCUCGCCAUGCACGCACAAGACCCUCAAGUCCUGGAGCAGCUCUCAAAGAACAUCACCCGCAUGGGUCUGACCAACUUCACCCUCAACUACCUCAGGUUGUGUGUCAUACUGGAGCCAAUGCAAGAGUUAAUGUCUCGACACAAGACCUACAACCUCAGCCCGAGAGACUGUCUAAAGACCUGUCUGUUCCAGAAGUGGCAAAGAAUGGUGGCCCCUCCAGCUGGACAUCCACAGAACUUCAAAACGGAAAUUUUCCCCACAAAUCAUAAAAAAGAGCCCACUCGACAGACCACAACCAAGAGAAGAAAGAGAAAGAACUCGGCCGGCAGUGCGUCUAACAGUAGCCUAGGCAACAACGCUGGCAGCAAGAAACGCAGCCCUGCCAACAACUUCAGUCUGACCAGCCAGGUACCUGAUGUGAUGGUGGUAGGAGAGCCCACCCUGAUGGGCGGGGAGUUUGGCGAUGAGGAUGAGCGUCUGAUCACACGGUUGGAAAACACGCAAUACGAUGCCACCAACGGCCUCGACGAUGACGACGACUUCACAAACUCGCCGGCGCUCGGCAACAACAGCCCCUGGAACAGCAAGCCACCCACAGGGCAGGACAGCAAGCCCGAGAGUACGGCUUCUCAGCCAUCGCAGUAGGAGACAACACAAGCAAUGCCCCUUUAAACCACCAGGGCGGCGCUCUCUCUCUCUCUCUCUCUCUCUCUCUCUCUCUCUCUCUCUCUCUCUCUCUCUCUCUCUCUGACCUCACUUUUUAUCCCAUGUCAUGGUGUCAAUGAUGUCAUCCAUUUGCACCAGAAACUGAUGAUUCCACACCAUGUUUUGAGUGACAUUAAGAAAAAUGACCAAACUUUGGCAGCAAUAUAUGCUCACUGGAUUAUUUUUGAAAUUAUCUAGCUAGGUUAAAAAGCAGCUAAAGAAAUGGGACUCUUUGGUGGACUUGACUGUAGCCAAGCUGAAUUCAUUGAAAGAGCAUUCUGCUUUAACAGGUGAGGCCUGAAUUUGGGACAUCUUUAGCUCAAUAAUCAAUGUAAAAACUACCGUCUGUCUUCAGCCUGAUCUCACAUAAAAAUCGUCAAGUGUGUGACGUAUUUUCUUUAGCCGAAAUCUGUAUGUGUUGGCCGAAAACACUCCCCCCAGAGGCUAAAACGGUAAGUGUUUCAGAGCAUAUAAACAAGUGUGACAUCCAUUUAUAUCCAUGAGAGUUCGCCAAAAGCCAGUUGUAAAAAUAAUUAUUUUCAGCUGAACAUGGUGUAAAACAGUGAAGAGAAAUGCUUAUUUUAUUUAAUCUACCCCAAACCAAAACCCAAAUCUAACCCUAACCAUUAGUAGAUACAAAAUGCAAUGUUAGGGACAAAAAUGCAACCUCCUAAUCAUGCUCGUUGCUUGUUAAUCCAAACAUGAUUACUUCCUCAUUUGAAUGGGGAUUGAACUGUGGUCUCCCAUGCAACUGACGCAACGCAAUACCAGUCGAGCCACAAGGGAAAGUAAUUGCCGUUGAGCCAUUUCAAAUAUGUCUGAUGGGAGAUAGGACAUGUCAGUGAGUUGGCAUACUGUUGCCGAUCCUAGGGUAACAGAACUUUCGGAAACAGCAUGCCAACUUCCCGUGUGAUCAUGUUGCUGUCUUGCAGUUGAACACACAUUUCCAUAGUGACUCCAUUUGGUAAUCACAUUUCGCAUCAACCAAUUGCAGAAGAGAUGCUCAUAUUCAUUGUCCUCUCACUUGGGACUGGAACUGCAAAGGCAUUAACUUAGACCAAUCCCUGAACAUUUGCAUUUAUAUUGGAGAUUCGUUUAGCUAUUGUCUUUUUUCCUUUCCCUAUUGUCUUUCUAUUAAUGGCGAACUGUCUUUUAUGCCUUCAAUACAACAGACUGUAUUAACAGACAGCUUUUGUCUUUGGCUUGCAAAGAAAUAAAAACAUCGGCAGUUGCCAUUUACAGAUUGUACUUUCAUUCAAAUAUUCAUAUUUUAUUUCUAAGUCAAUGUGUUAUCUUAUUAAUUUGUGAAUAUUCUAUGUUCUCCUUGUAUUGUAAAAGUUACUUUUUGAUGGACAGGUGCAUAUAAAAACAUAUGUGUCCAUAUUUCGCCUCUCUCCCUAUAAUGAGUUAUUUUCAUACUGGAACAUGAAAUGUUUCUGCAUGACAUUUUGAAAUCUUUUUUGAGGCCAUGUCGGGCUUUGGUUUUCAGUUUGGAAGCACAGUAACCAGGGUUAUAUGACUUUAAAAUAAAAACUUAAUCUAAUGUCGUUAACGUCCUGAGACCCUGAUGUAAAUGGCAGCUGUUUUGACCGAAUUGUAGUUCGCCAUGUUUUUUGUCCAAAAAUAAUGGAUUUCACGCUCAGGAAUGAAAACCGCACCAUGAACUAAGACCGUUAGGAAGAGACAAAUGUUCAUUUCAUUAGCUUGUAUGAGUUGAAAUAACUUAUAAUUCUAACUAAAUAACUAAUAAUUAUGUCUAGCUUCAUACUAGUUUUAACAUUUAUGAAACAACAUUUUUUUUUAAGUCUAAAAAUGCAGCGCCUUAUUGGCAACAUGGUCAGCCAGUUUCAUACAGCUUUAUGUCCUUUCAUGGUUACUUUUUUGAAAAUCCCUCUUGUUUUCAUAUAUUGUGAAACUGGUAUCUUAAUUGUUACACUGGACUUGAAAAGUGUUUGGAAAGACCUUUAAAGGGUAACUAAACCCCUGCUCACAGUCUGACUCCACCCACUAGCAAUAUUUGAAAAAUGCUGGAAAAGUGGGCAGACCCCAGCGGGGAUAGAGGGGACGAACCGCGGGGGGGGCGUGCACCUGAGACCCGUAGUGACGGAUUAAUUGACAGCUGCUGUCAGACUCUAAAAUGGAGAUUGACUGGAGUGACGCAAGUUUGCCACGGAGCGGUCUUUUGAAGUCGAGGACCUUUCUCCCCCACCUUCACCUGAAGUGGAGGAGGGUGAAUUGUCUGUGGACACAGGGCCGGAGCCAUAUCAAUUCGAGCCGCUGGCUCAAACUGCGGUUUUUAACUCCUGCAUCGCGAUCGGCAUCCGACGAUGCUAGCGAAGCAGCCGCGCAAGGGAGAAUGGGGCCAGUGUCUAGCUCGUACCAAGGGCGUGGUGAGCUGGAACCUGCUUACGUCAGCUCUCACCGCUUACGUCACGAACUACCGCAAACAGCCAAUAGGAAAAUUCAACUGCAGUAGCCACCGUUCAACCUGAAGAGGGCAGCACUCAGACGUUUUUACACCAUAUAUUGCAGAAUUAAAACACUUUAUACACAAAUGUCAAAAAAAUUACUUGAAUCAUUGACCAGUACUAAUAAAGCCCCAUUCUUACAGAUCAUUAACUAAAAAAAGUUGGUUUAGGGUUUAGUUACCCUUUAAGAGUUGAAAUGUGCUUUAAUGACUGAAAGGAGGAUUGUGAUGAUAAUGAUGAUGAUGAUGACAAAGAGCCAAAUAAUUUUCAAUUGUUUUUUCUGUUCUUUUUCAUUACAAAAUGUAUUUACUAAACUACAUCUCAGUCCGAGAUAUUUCCAAAAUCAACUAAAUGAAAGGACACAAUCUCAGUGACCCACUGUUUAAGCCUUGUAUUAUUGGAGCUCUGCACAGUUUGUAAAAUAUUUAGCAGAGGUGUUUUUGUGUCAUAUCCAAAGUGUUGUAUGUAUGCUUUGCCAUUUUUUGUGCCAAUAAAUUGUGCUUACAGAAACUUUUGCUUUCAUUUUCUAACCCACACC